AUGAUUGCUGGUGCUAUGUGGGCCAUCGCUCAGACUUCCUGGUUCGUAGCCAACGACAAACUGUCGCAGGCAGUUACCUUUCCGAUCAUCAGUAUGGUGCCCGGAGUAUGUGCUGCCAUGUGGAGCAUAUUCUAUUUUAAAGAAAUUACUGGCAGACGCAAUGUCAACAUCCUAAUGGUUGCUAUAACCACAACACUUAUUGGAGCGUUUUUGGUAGGAAUAUCUAAGUAAGC